AUGUCGCGACUCCCGCAAACCCAGCGUGCGCUGCAGUUCAACCGCGUCGGCGGGCCCGAGGUCCUCGAAAUCGCCACUUCCGCCCCGCUGCCCUCCAUCAAGCCCGACCAAAUCCUCGUCAAGAACGCCUACGCUGGCGUGAACUACAUCGACACUUACUUCCGCGGCGGCGUAUACCCCGCUUCGCCGCUGCCGUACACGCUCGGUCGCGAGGGCGAGGGCACCAUAGUAGCUAUCGGCAGCUCCGUGACCGACUACAAAGUCGGCGACUACGUCGGGUACAUGGGGCCAGAGUCGCAAGCGGAGUACACUGCCGUGAGCGCGAACUAUGUGAUCGCUGUGCCGGCCGGCGUCGAGCCGGGGGUGACCGCCGCCGUGCUGCUGCAGGGCCUCACUGCGUUCACGCUGAUCCGCGAUGCGCACGAGGUUAAGAGGGGAGAUGCCGUGCUGGUGCAUGCCGCUGCGGGAGGUGUGGGAUUGCUGCUGUGUCAGCUCCUCAGGGCUGUGGGUGCGGGUACCAUUAUUGCGACGGCGUCGACGAAGGAGAAGUUGCAGCUGGCGGAGAAGAACGGGGCCACGCAUGGGAUUGAUUACUCCAAGGAGGACUGGGUGGCGCGCGUUAAGGAGAUUACUGGGGGCCAGGGCGUGAUUGCGGUUUUCGAUGGUGUGGGUAAGUCGACGUUCGACGGCGACCUGGAAGUGCUGGCGAGGAAGGGCAGUCUCGUGUCGUUUGGCAAUGCCAGUGGUGUCGUCCCGCCGUUCUCUAUCGGACGGCUGUCGGCGAAGAACCUGAAGGUCUUGAGGCCGACGCUGUUUAUGUACCUCACCACGAAGGAGGAGUUUACGGAGGCGGCGACUGAGUUGCUGCGGUUUGUAAAGGAGAAGAAGGUGGAUGUUAAGAUCCACAAGAUCUACUCGUUGGAGGAGGCACAGCAGGCACAUAAGGAUAUCGAGGGACGAGGCACCACAGGAAAGCUUGUAUACAAAUUGUAG